AUCUUUUUAGUUAAUACAACUCUUACAUACCGUAUAAAAAGUAAAUAGAUAUGUACAUUAAUUUGGGAGGAAGAGAGUAUAUGUAAUUAUAUAUAUAUAUAUGUGACAUCUCUAAAUUAGAUCAAAACUUGCUGAUUAAAAAGAUCACUCACCUCUGUUGUUUCUUCUUCUUUCAAACAAAGUAAUGAUAAUAUUCAUCCAUUAAGUUAUCAUACCAAAUUCAAAUAGAACAAGAGCUCAAAAAACACAAAAAUGGAGUGCAUAAAGAGUCCUCCAUUCAAAGGCAUCAAGAAGGAUCUCCAAUCAAGGUUACCUUGCUACAAGAACGAUUGGAUCUUCGGUUUUCGAUCCGGGUUCGGGAUUCUUGCUCCAACCACUUAUAUCUUCUUCGCCUCGGCCCUUCCCGUCAUCGCAUUUGGCGAGCAAAUUGGUCGCGACACUGAUGGGAGUUUAAGCGCGGUGCAAACAUUGGCAUCGACGGCCAUUUGUGGCAUCAUACACUCAAUAUUCGGGGGACAACCUCUUCUCAUCCUAGGAGUCGCCGAGCCGACUAUUAUUAUGUACUCUUACAUGUACUCUUUCGCGAAGGGCCGCGAGGAUUUAGGACAAAAGCUUUACUUGGCAUGGGCCGCGUGGGUAUGUGUUUGGUCGGCUCUAAUGUUGUUCCUACUCGCGAUCUUCAACGCGAGCGCGGUCAUAAAUAGAUUUACGCGGAUAGCCGGUGAGACAUUCGGCAUGUUGAUAACUUUGCUCUUCAUUCAAGAGGCGAUCAAGGGAAUAGUGAGCGAGUUCAAGGUACUAAAAGGCGAGGAUUCGACGGCGGAGGAGAACCAAUUUAACUGGCUAUAUGCCAAUGGUAUACUCGGGAUUAUUUUCGCCUUCGGCCUUUUGUACACUUCUUUGAAGAGUCGAAAAGCGCGGCAAUGGUUGUACGGAACAGGUCGAAUACGGAGUUUUUUCGCCGACUACGGGGUGCCAUCGAUGGUCGUGAUAUGGACUGCAUUGUCGUUCGCGAUCCCCGACGGAGUCCCGUCCGGUGUCCCCAGAAGACUCUUUAGCCCCCUCCCAUGGCAACCCGAAUCAAUAUAUCAUUGGACUGUCGUUAAGGAUAUGGCGAAGGUUCCGAUGCUAUACAUCUUCGCCGCCAUUGUUCCAGCUCUAAUGGUCGCCGGACUUUACUUUUUCGACCACAGCGUCGCUUCGCAGCUCGCUCAACAGAAGGAAUUCAACCUCAAGAACCCGCCGGCAUAUCACUACGACAUUUUCGUGCUCGGCGCAAUGACUUUGAUCUGUGGUUUGAUCGGACUUCCUCCCUCCAACGGAGUUCUGCCGCAAUCUCCGAUGCACACGAAGAGCUUAGCCGUCCUUAGAAAACAGUUUAUGCAACAAAAGAUGGUCGCGAAGGCUAAGGAAAGCAUUCGUCGUAAAGCUAGCACAACGCAAAUAUACGAAGAAAUGCAAGCUACUUUCAUGGAGAUCGACAAAUCUCCUACCUCGAACGAGGUAUCUCAGGAGCUGCAAAGCUUGAAAGAUGCAGUUUUGAAGAUAGAAAACGAGGAGGAAUCAAAAGUGACGAUCGAAUCUGAAAAAUACAUCGAUGCGUACCUGCCAGUCCGGGUUAACGAGCAACGGGUGAGCAAUUUGUUGCAAUCGUUGCUGGUUGCUGCAUCCGUUUUCGCCAUACCGGCGAUCAGACUCAUCCCGACAUCAGUUCUUUGGGGCUAUUUUGCAUAUAUGGCCAUCGACAGCCUCCCCGGAAACCAGCUGUGGGAAAGAAUUGUCUUCCUCUUCGUUGCUCCUAGUCGAAGAUACAAGAUUUUGGGAAAAGUCCAUGCUUCGUACGUGGAGUCGGUGCCAUUCCGAUGCAUUGUAGCCUUCACGAUAUUCCAAUUCCUCUACUUGCUCUUGUGCUACGGCGUCACUUGGAUUCCCAUAGCCGGAAUACUCUUCCCGGUGCCAUUCUUUGUUCUCAUACUCAUCCGACAAUACAUCCUCCCAAAGGUCUUCGACGCGCACUAUUUGCGCGAGCUUGAUGCAGCUGAGUACGAGGAAAUUGUCGGGGAGCCGAGGCGAUCCUUGAGCCUCUCAUCUAGAGGUAAUGAAGGGCCUAAUGAAGAUGGAAAUGAGGUAUGUGAUGGUGAGAUAUUCGAUGAGUUAACUACGAGCCGGGGCGAGCUCAAGGUUCGGACGGUGAGCUUUGGAAAGGAUUGUCGCGCUAAGGCUUCUUCGACGGAUUUUGGAGAAUCAAGUCAAUAAGAUUCGAUUCAAAAGUACGAUGUGACGCAAAGGAAGAAGACUAUGAAGUUAAAGAACAAGGCUUGUGCAUAUGAUUUCACAUCGACAUCGAAUCGAACAAGUAUGUACUAUGUAUGCUCCAUAUGUGUAUAUUGUUUCAAAUACGUAUAUUUCAUUGAAUGUAUUACUACUAUAA